AUGGGAAAAUACAUGAAGAAAUCCAAAAUUACCGGCGACAUCGCAGUCAUGGAGGUUUCAAUUUCACCUCAAUCCUCUCUCGGCGUCCGCACCCGAGCCAGAACCCUAGCCCUUCAGAAGCUCCAGCAGCAGCAACUGCCUCAGCUACAGCCACAGCAAUCGCCCGACUCCGAUUCGUCCUCGCUCUACUAUCUCCAGCUCCGGAGCCGCCGCCUCGAGAAGCCGCCUUUGCGAAGCGACGGCAAGAAGCCGGGCCGGCCGGUGGCGACUUCGCGGCCCAGUUCGAGGCUGAGUGUGGGAUCGUCGGCGGAUUUGGGGUGGGAUGAGAGGAAGGAGACGGAGGGGUGUUUUGGUAAUAUCGGAUGUGAAGCUGACGAUGUUGAGGCUUCUUUUGGGGAAAACAACUUGGAUUUUGAAACCAGAGAGAGAAGCACCCGAGAAAGCACGCCAUGCAGCUUGAUAAGGAAUUCGGACACUAUUGGAACCCCCAGUUCUACAACAAGGCGGUCAAGUUCUAUUGCAAAUAACCAAAGAGCUAGAAAUGAUACACAAAGAACAAUUCCAACUGCACUUGAUAUGGACGAGUUCUUUGCACAAGCUGAGCGGCAGCAACAGAAACUGUUUAUGGAGAAGUACAACUUUGACAUUACCAUUGAUAUUCCCCUCCCAGGAAGGUAUGAAUGGGAGCAAGUGAUUCCCUACUAAGCAAGGCUAAUAUCAUUGGGUUUCCGUUGCCCACAGUUUCUCAGUUAUCUUUUUGGUUGAGAAUUCGAAGCAAGUGUAGUAGUUAGCGGGUGGAGCAAUUCAAAUCAACCUCAUAACCCAUGUAAAGAAAAGUCAUCUUACUAUUUAUGACGAAUAUGCUAAUCAGUCCCUAGAGUAUAAACCCAGGUUUCUUCAACAAAAAGUGAAGGAAUCGUUGCAGAAGAGAGAUUGG